AUUUCCGCGCAUGAGCGGUCUUCUUUCCAACAAGACCGUGGCGGCUAGUUGUGCCUCGGUUGUGUUACAAUUUUUAAGUAAUUAUUAAAAAUGGGUUUUGUGAAAGUUGUGAAGAAUAAGCAGUACUUCAAGCGUUAUCAAGUCAAAUUUAAGAGGCGUCGUCAAGGCAAAACCGACUACUAUGCCCGCAAACGUUUAAUUGUUCAAGAUAAGAACAAAUAUAACACACCAAAAUACCGUUUGAUAGUGCGAUUGUCAAACCGUAACAUUACCUGUCAGAUCGCUUAUUCUCGUAUUGAGGGUGAUAAAAUUGUUUGCGCUGCGUACUCCCACGAGUUGCCUAAGUAUGGCAUUAAAACAGGAUUGACAAACUACGCUGCUGCCUACGCAACUGGUUUGUUGUUGGCCCGUCGGUUGUUGAAGAAACUAGGUUUGGAUAACUUGUACGAAGGUACUACCGAUGUCACUGGUGACGAAUACAAUGUUGAAGGUGUCGAAAAUGGACCAGGUGCUUUCAGAUGUUACCUGGACGUUGGUCUCCAGCGUACUUCUACCGGAGCUCGUGUCUUUGCCGCCAUGAAGGGUGCGGUCGAUGGUGGCCUUAACAUUCCCCAUUCCACCAAACGUUUCCCAGGGUAUGACAACGAAUCGAAAAGUUUCAAUGCCGAAGUUCACCGUUCCCAUAUUUUCGGUAACCAUGUCGCCGAUUACAUGAGGUCCUUGGAGGAGGAGGAUCCAGAGGCUUUCAAGAGGCAGUUUAGUCAGUACAUUAAGCUGGGAAUCAAUGCUGACCAAAUUGAAACUAUCUACAAGAAUGCCCACACCGCUAUCCGUGCUAAUCCAGAGCAUGAGAAGAAGCCAGAACAGGCCCCUCCAGCCAAACAAAAGAGAUGGAACCGCAGGAAACUUACUGUGGCCGAACGCAAAGAUCGCGUGGCGCAGAAGAAGAAGUCCUUCUUGGCCAAGCUCCAGGAGGAAGAACCUUGAACAUGAUGUCUUUGUAUAUGUUAUUGUGUAUUAAUAAAUGUGCACAAUGUGUUUGGUUUUUA